CUGAUUCUCUACCAAACUGAAUUGCUACAACCGCCAGGAGGAAACUUACCCCGGGUCGAUCCAUGGAGCAGUGUGGGAAUGCUCCGUCUGUAGCAGAGAACCGGACGGCAGCCUCAUUUCGACUUAAUCAUCCUGGACUGCCUCAGCUGCUCUUGGGAUCGAGAGUGACCGGAUUGAAUACUACUGCACUGGGAUUGGCUUAAAAAAAAUAAAAUAAAACAAAAUAACAGAAAAAAAGAAAGAAAAACCAUCUGCGGGGUGAGAAAAGAAGCGCGUUAAUCGCCGCACCGCUGUCAGGAUGAUGUGACAAAUCAUUUAUCUGCUGCCCGUGGAAAAAUCAGUGGAAUCGGAUUUUCUCUCUUCUUCUUCCACUGCUGGAAAUCAACGGAACCGGUUGUUAUAAGGCUGGCAGGCCUGGGGUGGGACAGAGAACAUGGCUGAACCACAGCGGGAAAGCACCAGCAGCCUGCAGAGGAAGAAGCCUCCCUGGCUCAGGCUGGACAUUCCCACAACUCAGAUGUCACUAGAUGAGCCUCCCACAUUUGUUCAGCCGGUGAAGAGACAGGGCUUUCUGCGCAGUAUCAGCAUGCCAGUCGAGCCCUCUCACCUCCAGUCCCCACCCCGCGAUGUCUUUGACACCCGGCGGCCUGUCUUGCAACGCCAGUCAUCCAUCACUCAGACCAUUAAGAGGGGAACGGCGGACUGGUUUGGAGUCAGUAAGGACGGAGAUGCCACUCAGAGAUGGCAGAGGAAAAGUUUGCGCCACUGCAGCCUGCGCUAUGGAAAGCUAAAACCACAGGUGAUCCGAGAGAUGGACCUGCCCAGCCAAGACAACAUCUCCUUGACCAGCACUGAGACUCCACCUCCUCUCUAUGUCCCCUCCUCACAACAUGGCAUGCAAAAGAUUGUGGACCCACUGGCGCGAGGAAGAGCAUUCCGCAUGGUGGAGGAGGUGGAUGGUUACAGCGUGCCCCACACCCCCAUCACUCCUGGAGCUGCUUCGAUUUGCUCCUUCACCAGCUCCCGCUCAGGUCUCAAUCGGCUGCCUCGCCGACGUAAGAGGGAGUCUGUGGCAAAGAUGAGUUUCAGGGCUGCAGCGGCGCUGGUCAAGGGGCGCUCAUUACGGGAGAGCACUCUAAGACAGGCUCAAAGACGAAGCUUCACCCCCGCAAGCUUCAUGGAGGAAGAUGUGGUUGACUUUCCUGAUGAAUUGGACACAUCCUUCUUUGCUAGAGAUAUUCUGAUGCACGAGGAGUUGUCCACAUACGCAGACGAAGUCUUUGAGUCACCGUCUGAGGCGGCCGUGAAGGAGGACGAGCCCAGCAGCAAGAAGGAUGAGACGGAGCUGACAGGCAGCGCCCUAGAUAAGACGGAGCUGGAAAGAAGUCAUCUCAUGCUACCUCUGGAGCGAGGGUGGCGUAAAGCCAAAGAAGGAACUCCUGGACCACCAAAGGUGCCCUUGCGGCAGGAGGUCGUGAGUGUUCACGGACAGCGGCGUGGGCAGCGCAUUGUUGUUCCUGUCAAGAAGCUUUUUGCCCGAGAGAAACGGCCUUAUGGCUUGGGCAUGGUGGGGAAACUCACAAACCGCACCUACCGCAAGCGCAUUGACAGCUACGUCAAGAGACAAAUAGAGGAUAUGGAUGACCACAGGCCUUUUUUUACAUACUGGAUCACCUUUGUCCAUUUGCUCAUCACUAUCUUGGCUGUGUCCAUCUAUGGUUUCGCACCUCCAGGCUUCUCCCAGCAUGAGACGGUUGAUUCUGUUUUAAGAAACAAAGGUGUGUAUGAAAAUGUCAAGUUUGUACAACAGGAGAACUUUUGGAUUGGGCCCAGUUCGGAAGCCCUGAUCCACUUGGGGGCCAAAUACUCUCCAUGCAUGCGCCAAGACCAGCAAGUGCAUGAUCUCAUCAGGGAAAAGAGGGACAUCGAAAGAAACUCUGCCUGCUGUGUGCGCAACGAUCGCUCAGGCUGCGUCCAAACCUCAGAGGAGGAAUGCUCGAGUACUCUGGCUGUGUGGGUGAAAUGGCCGGGGCAUCCCAGCACUCCCAAGUUAAAUGGUAAAGACAGACAGUACGGUUCAGUGUGCCAUCAGGAUCCCAGGUACGGCGCGCUAGUAGUUUCAGUGGUUGAAGCUUGCAGUGUUUGUACCAGGUACAAUACAGGGAACCAUACCAACCUGCCUCAUAUAGACUGUACCAUCACAGGCCGACCCUGCUGCAUUGGAACCAAAGGGAGGUGUGAAAUUACAUCCCGGGAAUAUUGUGACUUCAUGAAGGGCUACUUUCAUGAGGAGGCUACUCUUUGCUCUCAAGUGCACUGCAUGGACGAUGUGUGUGGACUGUUGCCUUUCCUCAACCCUGAGGUCCCAGAUCAGUUUUACAGGCUCUGGCUCUCACUCUUCCUGCAUGCUGGAAUCCUUCACUGCCUGGUGUCGGUGGCUUUCCAGAUGACCAUCCUGAGGGAUCUGGAGAAGCUGGCAGGCUGGUUGCGCAUUUCAAUCAUUUACAUACUCAGUGGCAUCACUGGCAACUUAGCUUCAGCCAUUUUCCUGCCCUACAGAGCAGAGGUGGGUCCAGCUGGCUCGCAGUUUGGAAUUCUAGCCUGCCUGUUUGUGGAGCUGUUUCAGAGCUGGCAGAUCCUGGCGCAGCCCUGGAGGGCCUUCACCAAGCUGCUGUGUGUGGUGCUCUUCCUCUUUGCCUUUGGGCUGCUGCCCUGGAUCGACAAUUUUGCCCACAUUUGUGGCUUCAUCUCUGGCUUCUUCCUGUCCUUCGCCUUCCUACCCUAUAUCAGCUUUGGCCGCAUGGACCUGUACCGCAAACGCUGCCAGAUUAUCAUCUUCCUGCUGGUGUUUGUUGGACUCUUUUCAGGCCUCGUGGUGCUCUUCUACGUCUACCCAAUCAAGUGUGAAUGGUGCGAGUUGCUCACCUGCAUACCCUUUACAGACAAGUUCUGCGAGAAGUAUGACCUCAAUGCUCACCUCCACUGAAGUGUGAGCACUGCAGGAAGGCAUCAGGUCAAAAGACACGGACUGGCUGGGGGAUUGUCUCCCUCUUCUAUGUGGACUAUGAUAAUAUGCUUGUGUUAUUUUACCCAAUAUGAAUACCCAUACCACUCAUCGUAAGGACUUAUUUUCAUCAUCACUCCUUCACUGUCCAGUGAAACAAAGCUAAGGCACUUGUGAACCUCACCAAAACACCUAGCUGUCCUGCAGAAAUGAGAAAAGCCAGCGCUGGAACAAUGAAGAUUUUCUUUUCCCUUUUUUUUGUACAUUCACCCUCCAGGCAAAAGAUUUAUUAAUAUUAUUAUCCAGGCAACCUCAUACAAAAGCAGGGACAAAAAUCAGAUAUUGAUACCUUUGGUGCCUUGUUGAUAAAUGUACCAACUACUGCCAUAUUUUUGUUACAUUAUGCUGAGCACUCGAAUGUUAUCUCUCUUUUUUUUUUCGUUUAUUGCUUCUCAAGAAGUGAUUACUGUUUUGAACACGGUAGUGUUUUAGCUACCUGUCUACUCACAUGUAUUUGAAAAGAAAAGUAAAAAAAAAUCUACAAAAUGAAAAUGUCUGCCUCUACUGCUUGAGCACAUGAUGAAGAUUGCUUUAAAGUAUUUAAACUCAUAAGAAUUCAAACAAAGCCGCAACAAGCUAUGGAAUUGUAUUACAGCUUGGAUUUGUAUGGUUUAUAAAAAUAGAAUUGUAUUUACACUGA